AUGGCGCCGCCGGACGAGCUCAUCGAGGAGAUCCUCCUCCGCCUCCCUCCCGACGAGCCGUCGUGCCUCGUCCGCGCCUCGCUCGUCUGCAAGCCCUGGCGACGCAUCAUCUCUCACCGCAGGUUCCGCCGCCGCCUCCACGAGCUCCACGGGAGACCCCCCGUACUGGGCUUCCUCCGAAACAACCGCAAGGCCGUAAAAGACUUCGUCGCCACCACAGCCUCAGCCUUCUCCCUCGCCGUCCCAGGUGACUACCUGGCCCUCGACUACCGCCAUGGCCGCGCGCUUCUCCUCGACAUGGUUCCGGGUUGGGGUGAGCUCGUGCUGUGGGAUCCAAUCACUGGCGACCAGGAGCGCGUGCCGGUGCCAGAGGCGAUGUGGGACAACACGUUCCAGGGAGACAACCCAACCGCAGCCAUUGUCUGUGCGGCGGCCGGGUGCGACCACCGCGGCUGUCACGGUAGGAGGCCCUUUCACUUGGUGAUGGUCUACCAGAACGGCUACCAAGACGAGGAGUAUCUGGAGUGGAUCACAUGGGCGUGCUCCUACUCGUCGGAGACCGACUCCACACCACCAGCGUGCUCGUAG